AUGUCGAAGCCAUUUGACCCAGAGACGGCGGAGAACUUAGAGGACAUGGAGAAACAGUUCGCUGUUAAAGCUGUCGAACAACUCAUGACAUACUGGUCCAUCCUUGAAAAAGUCCCCGGCUCGAAGUUGCGCCUCACAAAGAUGGACGACGAGAUUCUAGAACACUUCAAGCGCGAAUUCCCCGACUUUGAUCCCGCCGCGACUAUAAACGAAGACGAUAUGAAGAGCAAGGCUGGCAAGGAGAAGUGGAGAAAUUUCAUGAAGGAGUAUGAGAAGACGAUUAGUGAUUAUAACUUUGGGACGAUGUUGAGGUCGAACCCAAAGGCGGAGUAUGACCAGGAGUCGACCAUAUUUGCUAUGCGCAUGCAGUUUUAUGCUAUUGAGAUUGCUAGAAAUCGCGCUGGAUUGAACGAUUGGAUAUACGAGCGGGCUCAAGGCAAGAAGGAGUAA